UGCCAGUGCCAGCAGCAGCAGCAGCCGAGAGCUCGGAGGAGCAGCACAGCAGCAGCGUUAUUAUGACGAGUUCAGUGCGCGAUAACGCUACCGAUCGAGCUUAGCCCGCCGCGCCGCUCCUCGGCAGGCACACGAUUCGAUCGACAAGGGUAUAAAGGGCAAUCGUUAUUUUUUACUCGCGCGUUUUCGCGAAUUUUUUUUUCUUUUUUUUUCUACCUACGCACGGAGAAAGAAUAUAGAGGGCUGUCGAGAUGAGGGAAGCUGCGCCGACGGGGCCUCAGUUGCCCGCAGUGGUCGCUACCGAUCAUCGAGCCAAGACCAACGAUGUCGUUAACAACAAUAACAACCACAACAACAACAAUAACAACAACAACAAUAACAGCGUGAUCGCAACGAAUCACAACAACAACGUCGACGCGAAAAAUCAACAGCAACAGGUGUCGGCACAGCAAAGCGCGAAAACGUGGAAAGACAUGGGCCUGCGAGAAAAGGCCAGGUUCAUCGCGCGCAACAUCACCGUGGAGCCGCUCGUCGCCCUGUACAUAAUACCCUCGGUUCUGGCCGCCCUGGCCACCCAGAACCUCAACCUCGAGAAGGCCUGCAAGGUGAACCUCGGCUACUCCGACCUGGUCUGCGCCUCGCUCUCGGCCCGCAACACGAGCGGCUACGCGCACGAGGAGGCGGCCGUCCAGGGCCUCGUCGCCAGCAUGCAGACCUGGAAGACGGCCCUGCAGAGCUUCUUCCCCUCGAUCCUCAUCGUGUUCAUGGGCGCCUGGAGCGAUCGCACGGGACUGCGCAAGCCCUGCAUGAUGCUGCCCAUCGUCGGCGAGUUUCUCACCAGUGUCAGUCUGCUCGCCUGCACCUACUGGUUCUACGAGCUGCCCAUGGAGGCGGCCGGCGUCUUCGAGGCUCUCUGGCCGGCGCUCACGGGCGGCUGGUUCACCAUGAUCAUGGGCACGUUCAGCUACAUCGGCGACAUCACGAGCGUCGAGUCGCGCACCGUCCGAGUGGGCGCCGUCAACGCCUUUCUCAGCCUCGGCGUGCCCAUCGGCAUGGCCCUGUCGGGCGUGCUCUACAUCGAGCUCGGCUUCUACGGGGUCUUCGGCAUCGCCACCGUCUGCUACGUGCUCAGCUUCCUCUACGGCCUGCUGGUGAUCAAGGAGGCGCCCAGGUCGCGCGAGCUGCGCAAGAGCCUGAAGGCCGCCAAGCUGGCGUCGAACGCCCAGGACCUGGAGGCCGGCGUCAAUUCCACACGAAGCUGGUGGGCCGAGGUGCGCGACUUCUUCGCCCUGAGGCACGUCAAGGAGACCUUCCGGGUGGUGUUCAAGGAGGGCCCGAGAAAUCGACGCAAGCGAGUCAUGGUCCUCAUGAUCAUCGUCAUGGUGCUCAUCGGUCCGAUGUACGGUGAGAUGUCGGUGAUGUAUUUAUUCACGAGAUAUCGAUUCAAUUGGAACGAGGUGCAGUUCAGCUUCUUCUCGACCUACAGCAUGGUCACCAGUCUCAUUGGUACAUUGUUCAUGGUGGGCUUCUUCAGUCACGUUUUGAAAAUGGACGACGCGAUGAUCGGCGUCCUCAGUUGUAUCAGCAAGAUCCUCGCGGGCUUCGUGUACGCCUUCGCGACAACCGACAUGUUGAUUUACAUUGCGCCGCUGGUGGAAAUUAUCAGCGGGACUUCUUUCAUCGUAAUGCGAUCGAUAACGUCGAAGCUGGUUCCACCCGAGGAGUUAGGCAAGGUGAAUUCGCUCUUCGGAGUUUGUGAGGCUAUCGUUCCUUUGGUCUACGGACCCAUGUACAGUUCAAUUUACGCAGCUACCUUCGACAAUUUUCCCGGGACCUUUUUCUUAGUUGGCGGUGGGCUCACCAUUCCCGGUGUAAUGGCAUUUCUAUGGCUUUACAUCGAGAGCAAAAAGGACGAAGCUCUGGACCGAGAGCUGCAGCAGAAAAGCGAGAAGCAGCAGCAACUGGUCAAAGUCAUGCCGGAGAAUCGACUAGAGAACGGCUUGACGGCGCCGCCAGCGACAACGACGAUGACGACGACGGCGGUACCGAUGAUACUGCCAGAAUUGAAGUCCGAGUUCACGGGUAUUGAUAAUGCCGCAUUCGAGUCGGAAAAGCUCUGAUGACGAGCGAUUUUGCCAUUGCGAAAUACGCGACGCGAUUAUACAUGCCAAAAAGUACGAUUUAAAUUCCAGGUAGAACGGAGCUGUGCGUGACAUAUUAUUAUGCAUGGUUACAUAUUUUUUUGAUGGUUGUGAUAAGCACGAUUGCAUAAAUGUGGGUGUUUGAUUGAGUGAUUGUGUUUUUUUUAGAUAUUAUGGAAGUGAAUAUUAUACGUUAAGUAUUAAGAGAAUGAUAUUUUUCUGAGAUAAAAAUUUUACGCAAACAAUGCGUAAGUGCGAUGUAUUUUCAUUCUCAAAAAUACGCGAUAAAUAUAAACGACACGUGCUAAGAUGUAACAGAGAUAGUAAUAAAUUUAUUUUAUAAGCUUUGGAUAUCGAUGACGCCGAUAGGUACUGUGAUAUAGCAAAGUAAGUAUGGAUGUUUAUUUUACUGCGUAAUAAGUAACAGUAACGACGUUCACAUACUACAGUUACAACUUUUAUUUUUGAGAGAGAAAAAAAUUGGAUGACAAUAGUUUAAAAACGAAAUGUUGUGAACAUGAAAGAGGGGAGAACGUGAUUUUUACUAAUAAGACAAUCAUCAUUUUUUGUGAGUGCAAUAAUUAAUAUAGCAGUAAUCUAGAAUAGUAUUGGAUGCUUUUGAAAAAAAGUUAAUAAACAGUAUUUUCAUUUUAAAGUUUAGGGAGAGCGUAAAGUGGAAUGAGUAUACAUAUCUAAAAAAAUCAACUGAUUUGUAAGGCCAGAUGCAAACUUUAAAAUAUGUAGAUUAUAUAAAUUUUGAUUUUCUCAUAUUAUUUGUACGUGCAUUGUUGUAAAUAAUUACUAAGUACUUAAGUAAAAAAUAUGAUCGCAAUUUUUUUCAUACUUUAAAUGUCUUCGAUAAUCUACUGCUCAGGAUUUAGAUCGAAACCAAAAAUUACUUUGUAUUGAAACGAUGAUAAUUUAAAUAACAAAUAAUUCAAUAAUUUAGUAAUAAUAAAUAUUUUAUAACAAUUAUAAUUAUAAAGUAAUAUGUUAAAAUAUGCGGCAAAAUAAGUUUUUCUUUAAAUUAAAUUCUAGUGACACGUUCAACAGUGUUCAUAAUGAAGUAGUUUACUAUUUUAUAGAUAUCGCAAUAAUGAAAGCUUUGUAAGAUGUGACAAAAACACGAUUGUUAAAGCUUACUUUCAAAACAAUAUUUUUCACAUCAAUUUAUUUGGUUUUAUUAUAUUGAUACACCAUUAGAGGACUGGAUUCCACAUUUUGGUUUGAAAAAUAUCACCGAUUGUCUUUAGAAUAAGGAAUCUCAACACCCCCUUAUUGUUACAUCUAGAUCAAAAAUAUUAGAGGUAUAUGAAGUUAAUAUUUUUGUUAUCACCAAUACAUGCCUUUACCGUACUGGACGCAUGGUCAUUGACCUCCAAAAAUUUGACAUUGAUUUGAUCAAAUGCUAUUGACUUCAAAUGGCUGGAAAAAAUUAUUUUUGAAACUCCUUAAAUACCGGUCCUCUAAAGAUUAAGGGGACUCAUUUGAUGAAUUAAAACAUGCACAAUCGAAACAAAAUAUAAAACAAAUGAUUCAUUAGGUACUGUCUCUCCCACUGAUUAAAAUUUUAAAAAAUAUCGGUUUCAUGACCAAAUUAAUAGCAAAUGGGAAAUGAAAAUGUUAUUUUAACUAGGUCUUUAAUGGGAGGUUCAAUAUUUUCACUUGUAACUAUUGCAAAAGGCCUGAGACUGGAACCAGAAAAUUUUUUGAUUAAAAUAUUGUAAGCUCUGCAGUAGUUGCAUCGAAUGAGCCUCCUUAAUUGCAAAUAAUUUGUCAUCAUUACACAUAAAAAAUAUCAAAUGUACAUCAAUGGUUUUUAAAAUGAAUGUGAA